AUGGUCGAGGCUUAUCCUGUUUUUCAGAGGGACGAAGCUGUAGUCGACGACUUCUUCGGCUCAAAGGUUCCUGACCCUUAUCGAUGGUUGGAAAGUCCCGAUUCCGUCCAAACUAAGGCAUUUGUGGACGCGGAAAAUGCUAUCACAAACCUGUACCUCAAUUCCUGUUCUUACAGAGAACAAAUUCGAUCCAAGAUUACCGAAUUUUGGAACUAUGAGAAAUAUCAAUACGUUUUAAAACGUGGUCACAGAUACUUCUUCUUUCAUAACAGCGGUCUGCAAAAUCAAUCGUAUGCUUUGUGCUCCCGCGCUCAUUCCCUCAUUUUCAGUGUCAUUUACGUUACAGAUGACUUAAAAGUGAAUCCUUCGGUAUUUUUUGAUCCGAAUGCACUCUCUGAAGAUGGCUUAGUUUCUCUCAACACUUACGCAUUCUCCAAGGACGGUGAAUAUUUCGCUUAUGGUUUGAGUAAUGCUGGUUCUGACUGGGUUACAAUUCGUGUGAGAAAAGUGGCUACUGGUGAGGACCUGGAAGACAAGGUAGAACGGGCUAAAUUCCCUCAUAUCAGGUGGACAGUCGACAACAAGGGCUUUUUCUACGGUUGUUACCCUGAUGCAGCUCCCACUGCUGACGGAACGGAGACCGAUUCCAACGAAAAUCAGAAGCUCAUGUACCACCGCUUAGGGCAAGCACAGAUGAAAGAUGUUCUCUGUGUGGAGUGGCCGGACAAUCCCAAGUUAAUGAGUUCUGCUGACGUCAGCGAGUGCGGUCGAUACGUCUUCGUCUCAGUGCAUGCUGGUUGUGAGUGUAACAACCUUCUCUACUUUACAGACCUGGAGAAGACCAAUUACGACAUUGCUGGCAAGUUGGAGUUGACGCCCAUUUUGGAAAAGUUCGAGGCGGCCUUCGACUACAUAACUAAUGAUGGGCGCAAGGUUGUCAUUCAGACCGACCUUAACGCUCCCAUGUUCAAGCUUAUCAAAAUCGAUUUGGAUGAUCUCAGUCGCGAGAAAUGGGUUGACCUUAUCCCUCACGAUGAACAUCGCCUUCUUGAUUGGGCGGCUUGUGUCAAUCAGAAGGACCUGGUCGUUUGCUAUAUGAAGGAUGUUUGUCACCACCUUUCAGUGCAUUCAUUAGACACCGGUUCGAAAGUACGCGACAUUCCCACUGAUGUUGGUUCCAUAGCAUCAUUUUCGGGAAGGAAAGAGGACACAAUGGCAAGUUAUUUUGUUGUGCUCUCCUUAAAUAACUGCAUUUCCAAACCUGGGUUUACCUUCCACUGUACUGGGGACAACUCCUCCGUACUUUGUGUAUUAUUCUCUUAUUUUGGCAUCGUAACACACUUUCUUAGUAUACUUCUUUUUAUAAUUCCCUAUCAGGUUGUUUUCCGAAACAACGUAAAAGGUUUGGAUUUGUCCAGUUUUGAAGUGAAACAGAUCUUCUAUUCCAGCAAGGAUGGAACUCGAGUGCCCAUGUUUAUCUUACAUAGAAAGGACUUCGUGGCGGACGGUUCUGCACCGUGUCUUCUCUACGGUUAUGGAGGGUUUAGAAUCUCAUUGAAUCCCUCAUACAGUCUUACAUACUCCAUGUUCCUGCAGAACUUCAAUGGUGUCGCUGCCAUCGCAAACAUUAGGGGUGGAGGUGAAUACGGCGAGAAGUGGCAUACAGGUGGAAAAAUGCUGAAUAAGCAGAACUGCUAUGAUGAUUUUAUCGCCGCAGCCGAAUUCUUGGUGAACAACAACUACACAAAACCACGAAAGCUCGUGAUAGAGGGUGGCAGCAAUGGCGGUUUGCUGGUGAGCGUCUGCACCAAUCAGCGCCCAGACCUCUUCGGUGCCACGAUAUCUCUGGUGCCGGUGACCGAUAUGUUGCGUUUUCAUCGGUUCACUAUUGGUCAUGCCUGGCAGUCAGAUUAUGGAGAUGUUUCAAAAGAGGAGGUCUUUCGUUACCUCAUGACAUACUCACCACUGCACAAUAUCCGACAGCCACAUGUGUCCGGAGUACAGUAUCCGGCAGUGUUGGUGGUCACUGCCGAUCACGAUGAUCGUGUGGCACCUCUGCACUCUUUCAAGUACAUUGCUACGCUGCAAGAGGUCAUUGGGCGCACUUGUCCCUCUCAAACUAAUCCUCUGCUUCUCCGUGUCGAAACCAAUAGUGGUCAUGGGGGCGGCAAACCAACCUCAAAGAAGGUGAGACUUUUCGUUACUCUUCUGUGA